UUCAUUUUCAGCGCAGUUCGCUGUGAAGAAGAAGAAGAAAUUUCGUUAUUUCUCCAUAACAUUCUUUUCCUGAAUGAUCCAGUGAGAGUAGAACCUUUUCCUAUUUGUUCUAAUCAGAUCAGAUCAAACCAACAGCGAUCUUUUUGAAGUAAAAAAAAAUGGCUUCUUUGUCUUUGAAAACAGUUGGUCCAUCUCCAUCUUCUUCUUCAGCAUUUUCAGGAGCUAAUAAAGGAUCAUCAACAACAAGAAGCAAACGUCUAACUUUAGUUAGAAAUAAUCACUUUCAGGUAAGAAAUGAAAGGAUUACAGAGCAACAGCCAAAAAGCCACAAAGUGGAGAGUGUAUCACGCAGGGAUGCAAUGCUGAGUGCCGGGGCUAUGGGACUGGGUGGAAUCACCCUAUUCUCAGCUGACACUGCCGAAGCUCAUAUUGUCAAUCCCGACAUCAAGCGUAAGUUCUUUGAAACGUGCAAGAUGCUUAUGGAAAAGGCUGGAUUAUCGAAGCCGAAGUCUGAGGACAAGAAAACUGAUAAGGAGAAAGCAAAACCACCAUCUGCAGAGCAUAAACACAACUCACCAGCAUCAAAACCACCAACAACCUUACCAAAGGAGAAAACACCCGAAGCAACAAAGAAAGAAACACCACCACCACUUGUUCAUCAAAGCAGCAGCCAAGCAACACUCAUAGUAGUAGAAACAACAGCAGUUCCAAAAUGAUGAGCCUGUACUACUAAGACUACCAAAUUCAGUAUCAUGCUAUGUUAAGCCUACCUAUGUAAUCUUUUGAGAGUCUUCUUUUUCAAACUGAUUGUUUUGUAUUAUUAUGUUUGAACAGAAUUCUAUGCCAAUAAUAAGAAGUUCCCGUUUGUGAUA